UGGCGUCCUGUGUGGGUGAAUUCUGGGGGGACCUGUGUGGUGACCCUUUGUUCACAUAAUUCACCCACCGCACUUGUGUGUCUGAUUGGCCGAGCGCGUUACCGGCUGCGUCAGUCACGUGAGACAGACACUUAAGAGCCGCGCGCGUUCCGGCUCAUGAGAGAGAGUUCGCGAGAGUUACAUGGCUGGACACAGCACUUGAUCAAUAAAGACUCUUAACAAGCAUCCCGCUACACCCUCUAAAUAUAUAUUAAAUGCUUCUUACCAGAUAUAAAAUGACUACUACAUAAUCUGUGGUAAUCGUUUGGAGCCCAGUUUUCUCGUCGAAUUGCAGCAGUCCAUCUCGCUCUCCUCUCCGGGUCUCUCGGAAUACGGUAGAAGUCUCUCCGUCUAUCUUCUCUUUUAUUGCAACCACACGCCUUCACCAUUUUGAUUAUUAAUGUUAACGAGCAGAAAAACACGCCAUAAUAGGAGGAAUUUACGUAGCGGUAAUGCGUCAAAACGACGAGUAGACGGACAAUAUGGCGCGGAGGCAUGGUUGUGACGUCAUGUGAGUAGGGUCUAUAGCUGGAACAGCGGUGAGGCUUGUGUACCAGGUUAUGAAUGAGUUGUGUGCAACUCUACUGCAGUGCUCCCUCUGUCCCCCUGCAGCUGUCUGUGUGCCCUUUGUGUGUAACCAUCUAUUCUUUGUCAUAAUGAGGCCCUACACUCAGAUAGUUUCACUGGUUGUGACCCAAUGGCAUCCCUGCGUUGAGUACCAUUUGCCUGCGUAUUACACUGUAGGAUACAGAGAAGCAGCAUGACAGCCAGAAUCCCUGAGGGUGUCCAUGUGUCAUACUGCCACCCUGCAGUAUUCUGUCCCACCAUGGGUGAUAGAUGGGUCACUCAUCACCACCCCACCACCUCCUCUCUUUUAUCUAUCCUUACUAUAUCCUCCCAUCAUUCUGCCAUAUAUUUUUUACUUUUGUUUUGUUGCUCCCUUUUAUGUUGAAAUGUAAACACUUUUAAAGUCGACACAGAACUGCGCAGACACUUGGCUGGUUCACUUCCAUUUAUUAUUUCUUUUGGACUUGUUAUUGUCAGCAUAAGGAACACGUCAACUGACACCACCUAGUGGUAUAAUACUGAUUAACAGGUACAUGCAUAACCUCCUUACGAAGAUACUAUUAUAUUGUCAUUAUUUUUUUUCUGUUUGUUUCGAAACAUGUAGUCAUAAACCUUCUUUUCUUAACAGUUGUACAAUUUAAAAUUGCAAAUCAAACUUACAACCAACUUUUCUUUUUUAACAAAUGCUUACUCAUUACAAUAACAUUUAGUUUAGAAAUUCUCAAAGGAUAGCUUUCUGUCUCUGCUACUUUGUUAGGUUCCUUGCAUGGUGUUUCCAUGCCUUGUGGUAUUUUAGGUAGAUCGGUGGUCUUGGAAACUUGUUCAGAAUCAUCUUGAUGAAGAAAUGAGUUAGUCGUUAGCGAACGUGUAAAAAAGAAGUCGGGAGCAAAAGUGCGGAAAUAAAGCGGAAGUGACGGUACGUGAAGCCGUCUAACAUGGCGGCGGAGGCGUGUCAAUAAAGAGCGUGACGUCACGAGUAGCCCUUUGAUGCUUUGAUCUUUUCUUUCAUAUAUAAGUUGUUUUUUCGUUAUGAAUUUUUACACCAAAUGCCAAAGAAGCAGACAAGUUGCUGUAGUUGGUGUGCAUAUUCCUUCCUAAAGAUAAGCAGGUGUAUACAUAGUGAUGAUGUGGCACUUCCUUUGGCCUUCUGUUCUCUUGGGAAUGUUUUUCAACAUUUGCCCAACAUGCCCUCUGGAAAUCCAGAAGCAAAGGAACCACUACUACGUCGCCCGGGGGUCAAGUGUCCAGCUACCCUGUGCGUACACUCACACCGUGGACUCUCAGCAGUACACGGAGGUGUUGUGGAGUAUCGUGUCUGCAGACCGAGACGAGCAGCCCAUCAUUUGGUUUACAGGCGGCCGCUUGUAUUCCGACCUGUACAAACCAAUGGAGGGGAGGGUCCACUUCAUAUCAGCGGAUCCCCAAAAUGGAGACGGAUCUAUCAACAUCAAAGAUGUCCGUCUGUCAGACAUGGAGAAGUACCGCUGUAUGGUGAGGAAGUUACCAGAACUGGACCAGAAGACGUUAGAGCUGACGGUCAUGGAGGCACCAAGUCAGCCUCUGUGCAGUGUGGAUAAAGAAGACAACAGGAUGACGCUCAAAUGCAGAUCUCUGCACGGCACCCCACCUUUGCAUUACAUCUGGUCCAAGACCAGUGGAAAUAAGGUCUUGCCUACACAGGCCAUUGUGGACCUCACAGGAGCCACCUUGCCUUUCCACAUCACUGAGCGGGAGUGUGGAAGCUAUCGUUGCACGGUGGAAAGUAUGGUGGGCAGCAAACACUGUGACCUUCACCUGGACUGUUCGCUGCCCCAGGCCAACAAUGUGAGCAGUCCACGAUUACUGACAACCACUGCAGUCGCUGCCAUCGUCGUCACUAUAACCACACUCUUCAUUGUCACAGUUGUCGUUACCGUAUUCCUCUACCGCAAACGAAAAGAUCAAUCCCAGGACAUUGAAAUGAAAAAAUGAUGUUGUUCAUUUGUUAAUAUUCGAUAAGUGAUAUCGCAAUUAUUGACAGUUUGUUAUGUUAAUUCUUUUACCACAAUGGCAUUUUGAUUUAAAUCUCACUUUACUCA